AAAUAAAGGCCCAAAUGAAGAAGAAGCCCAGCCCAAAUAUUCUACCCUAACCUUAACCCUAACCAAACCCUAACCCUAACUUUCCAAACUCUUAUCUUUGCUUCUCUCUUCGCUCUCUCACUAACGCAGACGCCUCCUCCUCCCUCCAUCUCUCUCUCUCUCUCUGGCCUGUACGGUGUCGGCGACUGUACUCUAACAAUGGCUGAAGCGAUCGUUCAGGAGCAACACGAAGUGAAGCUUUUCAAUCGUUGGAGCUUCGAGGAUGUUCAGGUAAGUGACAUUUCGCUUGCUGAUUAUGUUGGAGUUGUACCGGCGAAACAUGCAACUUAUGUUCCUCACACUGCUGGGAGGUACUCUGUUAAAAGGUUUAGGAAGGCUCAGUGCCCUAUCGUCGAGAGGCUUACAAACUCGCUCAUGAUGCACGGCCGUAACAAUGGAAAGAAAAUUCUUGCAGUGAGGAUUAUUAGGCAUGCCAUGGAAAUCAUCCACUUGCUAACUGACUUGAACCCAAUUCAAGUUAUAGUUGAUGCAGUUGUUAACAGUGGACCGAGAGAAGAUGCCACUCGUAUUGGAUCUGCUGGUGUGGUCAGGCGUCAAGCUGUUGAUAUUUCUCCUCUUCGAAGGGUUAACCAAGCUAUCUAUCUUCUUACCACUGGCGCUCGUGAAUCUGCAUUCAGAAACGUUAAGACCAUUGCUGAAUGUUUGGCUGAUGAACUCAUUAACGCCGCCAAAGGUUCAUCCAACAGCUAUGCGAUAAAGAAAAAGGACGAGAUCGAAAGGGUUGCCAAGGCCAAUCGUUAAUUUCGUCUAACAUUUUGGAGGUCACAUGAGGUUUUGUUUUAUUUAUUAAUUAGAUAAAAUUUCUAUUGAGUUAGUUUUUGUAUGCUUUGAACAUGAAGAUGGAAUUUUUGUGCUUCCCUUUGUAUUAGGAAGGAAGAGUUUUUCUCUCUUUGAUAAUUUGCAGUGUAUGAAGAUAUAAUAUCUUGGCUCUUAUUGCAUAUGCAUCAUGGAUUUUGUUCUUGUUA